AGCACCACCAUUCUUGUUCAAGAAAAACACUCAUCUUUCUCUCUCUCAAAUCAAGCUCAAAAAAAAAAAAAAAAAAAAAAAAUGAACCUGCUUCUGCUCCUGAUCAUGAUGACGAUCUUCUCCCUCGCUUUGAAACUCCUGCACUCAGUUUUGUGGUUGCCGUGGAGAAUCCAAAACCAUUUCCGCAGGCAAGGCAUACGAGGCCCUCCCUACCGUCCUGUUGUCGGAAACACGCCGGAGAUUCGGAGGAUGAUUGCCGAAGCUCAGUCGAAGGCCAUGUCUUGGGACGACCAUGACACCCUUCCCCGGCUGGCUCCUUACUAUUCCGAGUGGUCGGCUGUGUAUGGAAGGACGUUUCUGUACUGGUUUGGGUCUACGCCCAGGCUGGCUAUCGACGAUCCUGACAUGAUCAGGGAGGUCCUCAUGAACACCGGUAGAUCAUUUAAGCCCAUUGACGUGACCCCUCCGAUGAAGGUGUUCUUUGGACAAGGAAUAUUUGCAUUGAGUGGUGAAAGAUGGAGCCUUCAUAGAAGAAUCGCAACCCAAGCUUUUAAUAUGGAGAAUGUUAAGGCUAGGGUGCCAGAGAUUGUGGCUAGUACUAGACAGAUGCUCCAAAAGUGGGAAGAAGAGAGAGGAGAAAGCAACGAAUUCGAGAUGGAUGUGCACAAAGAGCUUCAAAACCUUUUAGCAGACAUAAUAUCUAGAAUUGCAUUUGGAAGUAGCUUUGAGGAGGGGAAGAGGAUCUUCAUGUUACAAGAGCAGCAAUUACGCCUCCUCACCCUAGCUUUUAAAAGUGUCUACCCUCCUGGUUUCAGGUUUUUGCCCACUACGAAUAACAGAGAGAGGUGGAGGAUUGAGAAGGAAUCACGAGAAUUUAUUCAGAUGUUGAUAGAGGGCAAUAAUAGAAAGGGGAAAGAAAGUUCAAGAAAUUUUCUUGGUCUCUUGCUAUCUUCUCAUAAGAAUCCCAAUGGGGAAGAAGAGAAACUAGAGGUGACGGAAAUCAUGGAUGAUUGUAAGAGUUUCUACUUUGCAGGAAAGGAAACAAGUGCUAAUCUUUUGACUUGGGCACUUGUCCUUCUAGCAUCACAUCAAGAAUGGCAAAGUAAGGCACGGAAAGAAGUCUUCAAGAUUUGUGGAGAUAAUGAACAUCCCACAGCUGAGAAUUUAAAUGACCUUAAGAUAGUGGGUAUGAUACUAAAUGAAUCACUUCGCCUCUACCCUGUGGCUGCAAUGACGUUGCGGCAAGCAACUAGACGAGUUAAGUUAGGGAAACUCGACAUUCCAGCAGGAACCCAGCUCUUUUUGCUUAUGACAGCUGUCCAUCAUGAUAUUGAGAUAUGGGGAAAAGAUGCACAUAAAUUCAAUCCAUUGAAUUUUUCUGAGUCUCGAAAGCAUUUAGCCCCAUAUUUCCCAUUUGGGUUAGGACCUAAAAAUUGUGUAGGUCAGAAUCUAGCCCUGGUUGAGACAAAGGUGGCACUGGCAAUGAUCAUCCGACAAUAUUCUUUUACCAUGUCACCAACUUAUGUUCAUGCGCCGAUAAUUUUGAUGACCCUUCAACCUCAACAUGGUGCACACCUCCUGUUUAGGAGGAUUAAUGCCUGAAACUUGUCACGUCAGCUUGGAGUAGCACAACUCCCAUUUUGGAGAAUAAUUGCCUAAGGUUGUAGCCUCUUUGCGCAUGCCACAACGUAUGUUCAUGGCUCAAUUUGGAAAUGUUUGUGUACGUGUUUUUUUUUUCCUUAAAUACUGUUUGUUGCUUUAUGAGUUUGGAUGUUAUGUGUUGAAAAAAUCUUUGCUAACUUUCACAACGUAAUACAAUUGAAGUUAGAAAAUGCUA